AUGGAGACCAUGAUGGACCCCAUGGAGAUCCGCUUCUCACAAGAAAAUCUAGGGGAGCAUUUCAGAGAUGGCACCUCAAUUUUUGAGACAUACGACCAGAUCCUCCAGGGCAUGGAGAAGCGUGAGGUGCAUAUGAUCCACGUUGUGCAGCGCGGAGGUCAUUACAUCACGUUAGACAACCGCCGGGUGGCAGUGUAUAAGAUGGUCCGCAAGGCAGGCAAAUGCGGAAAGGUGAAGGUCAAGAUCAUGCAUCGAGACCAGGUGGAUCAUGAACUGCGGCGAAAAUCGGACUCUACCGUGGAAGGCUUGUCCGUGAAGGUUCGCGGAACAGACAAGGUCAUUCACCACCGCGCAGACAUAGGCGGGCACUGGUCAGAUGAGCAACUGCGUGUGAUUGGGACGGCCAUCUCAGAUUUUGAAAAAGUGACCAAAGAGGUUCUUGGUCCUGGAGCGAGGUUGGUGAAGGCCGGCAGCUUCAUGAAGGGCACCGACAUCGCGGGCGAGUCAGAUGUGGAUGUGAUGGUCUUUGGAUGUGGUCCAAUCUCGGACUCCAACUGGCAGCGUCUCGUGGAAGGCAUCAGAAGCGGCGGCUACACCAUCUACACCAUAACAAGCACAAACCCUCGCUGCAUCCAUGUCCAAGCAAGUGGUGGAGUUGGAUGUAUUGCCAUAGAGUUUGAUGUGGUUGCCAAACAGAGGCAGGGAUUCCCGCCAAAUAAGGAGCCCACCAACCCAUUCAAGGAGAACCGGCUUGCAGCCAGUGCGGCUCGAGGGAUACGAAAGUUUCUCAUCCCCAGACCCGAAGUCCAGCAUGCAAAAGCAGCCGAGGAUUUUCAGGACUCCGAGGAGGGUCGCUUCAGUGGCAACUCCAUUGAGGAAGCAGUGCUCUCGGAGUAUGCCAAGCUGAACAGCCCCGGGCUGGGCAAGCUCAUUGAUGCGGCCAAAGCAACGCUCAAGAAGGCAAUGCUGGACAGGCGGAAGCGCGUCCCAACUACAGCUCGCGAAAACGAUGCCAGCGAGAACGAUACGAACUGGAGCACCGUUGUCGGAGAAGGCACGUUCCGCAAAGUCUACAGGGGGCGUUACACGGUCGGCGAGCGAGUCGGUCAAGCCUCAGCGGCCAAGGUUUUCAAAGACGGCACAGAGGCAUAUGAAGAUGCAUUCUUCGCCGAAGAUGUCAAGUGGUCGGAAAAAGCCAUUGAGAUCGUUGAUGAAUUCAACAAGGUCAAGAAGUUCAAUCGCUUCGUCCAAGUUUGCAAGCCCGAUGUUUGGGUCAAAACUCGUACCAAGCAGCGACUUUUGAUGGAGCCCUUUCUACACAAUUUCCAGAAGUUCAACUCAAACACGGCUUGGGCAGGCGAAACGGAAUGGGCCAAAGCUUUGCAGUCUUUGAGCCAGUUCUCCUAUCACUUCACUGGGGGCGACAUGGUUCUCUGUGAUUUGCAGGGCGCUGUGGAGGACGACGUGGUGGUUUUCACAGAUCCAGCCAUCAACUCCAAAGGAAAGCGCUUUGGCCCGGCAGACUUGGGCGAGAAAGGUAUUGAGAACUUCUUUCACCAUCAUGUGUGCUCAAAAUGGUGUGAUGCAUCCUGGAGAAAGCCUGGAGUUACAAGCACCCAUUUUGCUCCACAGAUGGGAACUUCGAUGAUCCUGCGCUGA